GGGCGGGGCGGGCGCAGCGCGGCCCGGACGGCAGUUGCUCGGAGUCAGGCGGGCGGCUCGCGUCGCCCUGCUCUCCCUCGGUGCAUCGCUGCAACGUUGCGCUCGCGAACUCGCGACCAGGUUCGCAACGGGUCAAGUGUAGAGAGCCAAUCAUAAUUAUUGAACAUUUCCGAACUACUGUGUAUAAAAUCGCCGAAGCGUAAUUGCGUACAAUAUACAUGGAUCUUUUAAUUGUUUAAAGUGCCUAAGUUGAUCACAUUACGUAUAAAUUGCAUUACGGCAAAGUUAGAAACUGUUUCAUCUAGCAGUGUAGUGAACUGUUUCGCGAGUGUAGAUUUUUUGUGAGACGAACUCAAUCAAAGUUGGUGGAAGGUGUUUUCAACUGAGCGGCGUUGAAAUUCUUCUAUUAUGAUAUAAAGUGAUGGAGCGAAGCGUGCGCGUGAGGCGCCGGGCGUCAAAGUGCGCGGGCGCGUGGCGAGGCGCGAAGGCGAGCGCGGAGGCGUAGCGCGGCGCGGUGGCGGGUGCGCGCGCGGCGGCGACGGCGGCGGCGGCGCAUGCACGCCACCGGCCACACGGACCGCUCGGGCGGCGGCGGCGGCGGCGGUUCCUGGCGCCUCCCGCCCGACGAGACACUGCAAGUUGCCGACCCCAAGUCCGCCAAGGAAGAGGAUUUAUAUCAAGGGGAUGGACACAACUGGAGGAGCAUUAUAUUUUCUUUGAUGGUCAUCAGUUUUGUUAUUGCAGGCAUCGUCACAGCCAUUUAUUUAUUAGGAUAUGUGGACGAGUUGUUAUACUGGUCGGGUCGUCGCAUGCGGCUGGACGAGUUCCUACGCGGGGAUCUGACUGGGGAGCGGCUGCCCACGACCUGGGUCAGCACGCACCAGCUGGUGUACCAGGCGGACGACGGGGGGCUACUCGCUCUAGACACGUUCAACAAUACGCUCACUGUGCUCGUCACAAACCAUACAUUAAGGCAGCUGAAUGUUCGCGGGUACCAGUGUUCGCCAAACUUGCGUUACGUGCUCUUCCAACACAAUAUCAAAGAGGUCUACCGACGAACGUUUACGGCGCACUACACAGUUUAUGACGUCACAAAUGAUUUUUACAGCCACCACAUACCACUGUUUGGCGAAGGCCAAGGCAGUUGGGAAUGGCAACAUGCGGCGUGGCUCGGAGGAGACGGGUCGUUGUUGCUUGCAGCAGACAACGAGGUUCUGGCGAGACCAGGACCUCCAGCUCGGAGAGCACCCCUACUCCGGCUCACCAACGACUCUAGCCCAGGCCGAGUGUACAAUGGCGUUUCCGAUUGGUUAUAUCAAGAGGAGGUGACAAAGACAGCAUCAGCGACAUGGGGGUCUUUGGAUGGCACGCUCGUCAUGUACGUUCAAUACGAUGACACCAGUGUAUCCGAGCUGAAAUUCCCAAGAAUCUCAGAGGGGAUUGGAGGAGCCGGCGCGGCGAGGGCGGGCUUCCUUCUUCCUGCCAUCAACAAUACCUUACACACUGUCUUCCCUGACCAUGUUACUGUUAGAUAUCCUACGCCUGGGAGUUCAAUCCCGAAAGUUAAGUUAUGGAUAGUAGCUGUUCAAAAUGUCACGUCACCUCCAAGAUGGGAAGUGAAGCCGCCAAGUACGUUAGACGGAAUGGAAUAUUAUCUCAUAUCAGCCCAAUGGGUGGGCAAAGACAAUUCUCAUGUAGGUGUAGUGUGGAUGAACCGUGCACAAAAUCUAACCGUUUAUAGUAGUUGCUACGCACCAAAUUGGACAUGCACUGAGACGCAUUCAGAAAAAGCAACCGAUGAGCCUUGGCUUGAAGUCCAUCAACAACCAGUUUAUUCGGAAGACGGCAGCGCGUUUCUUCUAUUAGCCGCUGUUCAAGAGGGUGGGGGGCAGUACUAUACUCACAUUAAACACGUAGACGUAUUAAGACAACGUAUAGCAGUUCUGUCACACGGUAAAGUAGAAGUGGCAGAAAUCCUGGCGUGGGACCAGGAAAACAACUUAGUUUAUUAUUUAGGCAGUGCAGACAGACCUGGUCAAAGGCAGGUUUAUGUGGUCCGAGACCCCAAUUACAGUGGUGGUAGUAAUUCAGUGAAAGCGCGCGCUGAAAGAGAAGAACCUCGUUGCCUUACAUGCGAACUGGCAGUGUGGCCGGCUCGGUUGCAUUAUGCCAAUUGCUCAUUCUGGCGUGCCAUGUUCUCGCCUGCCAAGCCCAAAGUGGGUAUAACGCAUUACGUCCUUGAAUGUGGCGGGCCAGGACCACCGUUAGCCGGCCUUCAUGAUGCCAGAACGCAUAAACUUGAGAGAAUAUUAUAUGAUACGAGGCCUUAUAGAUCAGUGCGACUACGCGAGUUGGCGCUGCCCACUCGGCGGUCGUUCGAAGUGCAAUUAGGAAGUGGGUCGAAGGCCCGCGUCCAACUACUCCUGCCGCCGUCGUGGCGCGAGGAACUCAGGGAUGCUGCCUUCCCGGUGCUUGUUCAUGUAGACGGCAGGCCCGGGAGUCAGCAAGUGACGGAGGAGUUCCUGGUUGAUUGGGGAUCGUACAUGUCCUCAAGAAAUGAUGUGGUUUACGUGAAGUUGGACGUGGCGGGCGCGAGGGGGCUGCCGCGAGCGUUGUUACGAGGUCGCCUUGGUGGCGUAGAAGUAGCCGACCAGUUAGCUGUUAUUAGAUAUUUAUUAGAAACGUUCAAGUUUUUGGACGUGACGCGGGUAGCGGUGUGGGGGUGGGGCUACGGCGGAUACGUGACCGCCAUGUUGCUCGGCUCGCAGCAGUCCACGCUCAAGUGUGGUAUAGCAGUAUCACCUAUCACCGACUGGCUUUAUUAUAAUGCAGCCUUUACGGAACGCAUACUAGGCCAGCCGUCAGUAAAUUACAAGGGUUAUGUAGAGGCAGACGCGUCGCAGCGAGCGCACCACGUGCCGCCACACGCCCUGUACCUGGUCCACGGCAUGGCCGACAUGAGUGCGCCCUACCCCCAUACGUUGCAAUUGGCGCGGGCAUUGACAGACGCAGGAGUGUUGUUUAGGCAUCAGGCGUACGCUGACGAAGGUCACGAUUUAAAAGGCGUGAUAGAGCACGUGUAUAGAUCCAUGGAGGACUACCUUCGCGAGUGCCUCUCUCUCGAUCCCGAGGACACCAAAUUACCUCCUCCUGACAGAUAAGAUUGGUAUUGCGCGCCACCCGACCAAGCAAUAAACUGUACCCGAUCAAUUCCGAAAUAUUAUAUCCAAUUGUUAUCAUUAUUACUCUCUCUGUAAAUAUGUACAUUUGAAUAGUGCUUUAAUAAAAUGUGUUCCCCAAAUUCGGUUCAGUGAAGCCUUUCCUUGGGUAGGCAUAAUGAUCCGUAAUGACACCAUAGUCAAUAGUGAUGACGUACGAGAAUUGCUUGUGAUUAGGAUAGUUAGAUAAUUAUAAUACUAACAGACCGGUGUUGCAAUGAAGAUAUUCAUGAAUCUCGGAUGUAUUAAAAUAAGUUGAUUUCGUAAUAGAUACAAAUUACAAUGAACUACCAACGUUAAGAGAAAACUUUGAUUCUACAUUUACUCAUCGAAUUCAUACGACUUUGCUUCAGCACCACCUAGCUAAACUAUCUUACCUUCUACUAAGUCUUAACAUAAGUAGGAACUACAGUAGACACGAGAUCAGUGCUGACGGUGCAUUCCUCGGUGUGAGCUAAGUCCCGCUAAUGUGAUCAAAUAAUUCUUAUUCAAAAUUUCGAGCUUUUUCACUUAAGCUUUUAGUACUAUUUUCUACUGCCUCUUUAAGCGUUUAAGCGUUUUUACUCGAGUAGUCACUUACUAUGCACAACGACUUGUCCUAACCUGAAUCUACCCUCACAAUCCAGCUACCCUUGGUUGUUUAAAUGUAAUUUAUUACACCGACUAUUGAUUAUCGUAAAUUACAAGUGAAAGAACGAAACCACAUAUAAAAGAGCUUAUCGUUUAGGGAAACUAGGCCUUUAAAAGUUAGUUUUUGUUACCGAUGUUUGAGAUGUUUUGUAAAAUAAUAGAGUUGUUAAAUACCUCAUUUGAUAAUGUAAAUAAAAAUACCCUAAUCAUUAUGUAUAUUGAAUAAAUUAAGAAAUGUUUUAUAGUGACUUAUAAUGUUUAGAAAUGAAGUGACCUUGAUCAUCCCCUAACCUUAGCUGCUUUGGCUCCAUUACAUUGUCAUUUACUAAUAAACUACUUAGGCGAUAAGAAUCUCAUAUCCUCCACCUCAGAAUGACAAAUAAAUGAAUUUGAAGGUAAACUUACCAAACCAUCGAUAUUUAUAAGAACAAAAUCAAAAUACUAAGUCGUAUAUUGCAAGUUUGACAUCAUGGCAAGUUCUUAAGUGAAAAUGUGGUACGGGUUAAUCAAAAUGAGAAAGCGUUUAACAAAUCCAAUUAAUAUAAGUCAUGGUCCUAAGAAACAUAAUGAAUUAUAAUGUAAAAUUCAAAAUAUAUCAAUAGUUACAAACAAUUUUAACAAUUUAGGGUCGUUGAAUCUCGCCGUAGAAUCGAAAAUGGUACUUAUAGUGAAAAGCUUGUACAAAAUAGACAAUGAACUGAGCUAGAAAAUUUGCCUUUAAUAGUUCUUCAAUAGAAGAAGCAGUCAUUACGUUGGUAUAUAAAACAAAAAUAAAUAAUAUUGUGUAUUUGUAUCUCAGUAAAAUAAGGGAAAAAUAAAUAAGUAUGAUACUAACGAUGAAUAACGAUGGAGCUCGUAAUUCACAUUCAGAAAUAAAGGAGAAUGUGGCGGCGCAGGGAUCGCCCCGGCUGCCGCGAGACGUCGUAUGAGUUGUGACGCGUGCCGAAGCCAGAGAAUUUGUACGAUGUUGUUGAUUUCACCGUAACUGUGACGUAACUAGGUAAUUCAUUGUUGUUGUAUAGGAAUAAAAGUUUGCCGAUAUUUGUUAAGUGUUAUCGGAUACCUGCAUAGACGCAUAUCGUACAUUCCAUGUUUGUGAAGACUGCCAAUUUGGUCUAAAUUUUACAAUCAUUGUACUAAUUAAACCUACGAUACGUCGAUGAGAUUAAUUUCAAUUGCCGUUAUGGUCUUAAGGAUGCUGUGAUUCUUCUAUUGCAUAAUUUUAAUGAUAUGAAUUAAAUUAUAUUGAAUAAUUAUAAUGUCUGCAUCUGAUGUUACGUAGGGCCUAGUGAAAUCGAAUACGUUGUAAUUAUUAACAUUAAUUAUAUUACCAUAAGGUUGAUAUUAAUUUAAAAGUUUUAAGAUUCUUCCAUAAAAGUAACAUUGCUUUGUUCCCCAGAUAUUAUAUUAUAACAAAUUAUAGACAAUAUAAUACGGGCUAUGUGUACAUCACACAACAUAUGAAAUUUUAUAGUUAGAUAAAAUACGAGAGAGUUCGGAAACCGGGUGCUUUAAAUUUUACAUCAUGUUGUAUGUAUUGAUUUCAUUAGCGAAUGUUCUCUAGUUAUACAAUAAGAUAUAGUGUGACUCGCCAGUGGCGAUGCUCGGUGGUUACACUCGCGGCCGUAAUGUCGCGGUCGUGUGCGCAUGCGCAUUGCCUCGAGCGGCGUGUAACGCGCGCACCGACACAGGCUCAAAUAAUAAAGGUAAGAAAUCUUUCAGUCUUGUGUGAGAUUUCGUGUAAUUAGUUGAUACGAAAAUUUCUGCGGAUAACACCAAUUAAAUUCAUAUUAUAGUAUUUGUAAUGAGACAAAAUUAAAUGUAUGAUAUAUCACUUGUUGAUAAUUUUGGCACGACGACGAAUCUUGUUUGCACAAGCUUCCCCGCUUUCCUCUUUUCGAAAUUCUAGACCUUUAGUCUUCCAAUAAAAGCUUCCCUAUCAUGUCUUACUCUUGAAGCAGGAAAGUAGGAACUAUGUGAUGACUAUGUCAAUUAUUUCAUAAUUCCAACCUGAUCAGCUACCUUGUCGUUUUUCUUUCAAAUUAUCCUUUUAAGAGAUCCUAAUUAAAUAUGUUUAGAUUUUCGUCCUAGUUUGUCCAAAUAUAAUGGAUGUGGUCUAAAUGUAAAUCAGUAUUGCUAUGUUCUUAGGAUCCCUGCGUUAUUCUAUAUUGUACUCGGCUUAUAAAAUUACAAACAGAAAUUAACAAAAGGAAAACUCUAAACUAAAUAGAAUACAUAUAAAAGUCAUGGUGAUUGUGCAAAACGUAUUGAAUUAUUAUAUUUCAAUUUUAUCACUCUUUUACUCAUAUUACAAUAAACAAAGCUGAGAAUAAAAUACGCCGAGUACAUAAAGAAAGCAGUAUAGUAUCCGCCUUCGUAACUUUAGAGUGUCGCGGAUUGCUCCCUUAGCGGUUAGAUAUGAUAACGAGCGGACUGAAUACAACAAUCAUUACAACAAUGGCCUUAAUCAACUACAAAUUUUGAUCACCAAA